AUGCAGAUCAGAGUACUGAUAAUCCCUCCCACUCAGAUCAGAGUACUGAUAAUCCCUCCCACGCAGAUCAGAGUACUGAUAAUCCCUCCUACGCAGAUCAGAGUACUGAUAAUCCCUCCCACGCAGAUCAGAGUACUGAUAAUCCCUCCCACGCAGAUCAGAGUACUGAUAAUCCCUCCCACGCAGAUCAGAGUACUGAUAAUCCCUCCCACUCAGAUCAGACUGCAGUUCCAGGGCAGCCCAUUCAGUAACCCAGGGUUCAGCUUUCCUUCAUGGCAGGAACCAGGGUUGCCAACUGCCAGCCUGGGCUACAAGAAGUGGAGGUGCCUGUGUCCUGGAAUUCGGCUCCUACUGGCCAGGGAAGCCUUUUCCGCCAUCUCUGAGUUCUUCCAGUUGGUCCUGGAUGAUCAGCUGUCACUGAACCCCAAGGCAGCAGAACUUCUCCGAUUACUUGAGGAGGCCAAAGUUUCUUCUACUGCGGUGCUCAGUAACCUGGCAUCCGCCAUGGAAAUGUUGAACUUUCAGUCUCCAUCGGUGGAGCCGGAUCCUUGGAGCUGGAGAUCGACAGGGGCCACGAGCUUCCAGAAGAAAGUGCGAGGCUACGUACUUAGCAGGGAGUACAAGGACUGGCUGGUCAGGAUAGGCAAGGACAUGGAUUUACUAAAAGGGGCACGUGUGUUGAAAGAUGAUGCAGAGCAGGAGAAAAGGGACUGCUGCCGGCCAUGA